GGAACUUCCUUUCGAUUCAUUUCUUACUCAGUAUGAAUUAGAGAGACACACUGGCAUCUUAUUCCCGAGUUGACUACGUCUCCAUUCCCUUCUGAUAUCCUCCGAACGAUGAGCGAACCCACGAAGAUCAGCAUCUUGGGUCGUGAGAGCAUUGUCGCGGAUUUCGGCCUCUGGCGCAAUUAUGUCGCCAAGGACCUGAUCAACGGCUUGUCCUCCACGACCUACGUCCUCGUCACCGACACCAACAUCGGUUCCCUUUAUACCCCCGGCUUCCAGAAGGCCUUCGAACAGGCUGCUGCCGCCGUCUCCCCCAAACCUCGUUUGCUCGUCUACCAUGCCGCCCCCGGUGAAGUCUCCAAGUCGAGACAGACAAAAGCCGACAUUGAAGACUGGAUGUUGAGCCAGAGCCCGCCAUGCGGUCGUGACACGGUCGUCAUCGCUCUGGGCGGUGGUGUCAUUGGAGAUCUGACCGGUUUUGUCGCCUCGACCUACAUGCGUGGCGUCCGCUAUGUCCAGGUCCCCACAACACUUCUCGCCAUGGUGGACUCUUCGAUCGGCGGAAAGACCGCCAUUGACACACCAUUGGGCAAGAAUCUGAUCGGUGCGAUCUGGCAGCCGUCGAGAAUCUACAUUGACCUGGAGUUCCUGGAGACGCUCCCGGUUCGGGAGUUCAUCAAUGGUAUGGCGGAGGUGAUCAAGACCGCAGCCAUCUCCAGCGAGGAGGAAUUCACAGCGUUGGAGGACAACGCCGAGACGAUACUGUCUGCCGUCCGCCGGGUAGUCCAGCCUGGCCAGCGCCGCUUCGAAGGCAUUGAGGAUAUCUUGAAGGCUAGAAUUCUGGCGUCUGCUAGACACAAGGCUUACGUCGUCUCCGCGGACGAGCGCGAAGGUGGUCUCCGGAACUUGCUGAACUGGGGUCACUCCAUUGGUCACGCCAUUGAGGCCAUCUUGACCCCUCAGGUUCUCCACGGAGAAUGUGUCGCCAUUGGUAUGGUGAAGGAGGCCGAAUUGGCCCGCCAUCUCGGCAUCUUGAAGGGCGUUGCCGUGGCUCGCAUUGUUAAGUGCCUUUCAGCCUACGGCCUGCCAACCUCGCUGAAGGAUGCCCGGAUCAAAAAGCUCACCGCAGGAAAGCACUGCUCCGUCGAUCAGCUGCUCUUCAACAUGGCUCUGGACAAGAAGAACGACGGUCCCAAGAAGAAGGUCGUUCUGCUUUCUGCCAUUGGACGCACUUACGAACCGCGCGCCAGCGUUGUCCCGAAUGAAGACAUUAGCGUCGUUCUGGCUCCCAGUAUCGAGGUCUACCCUGGCGUCGCAACCUCCUCGAACGUCGUCUGCACUCCUCCGGGUUCCAAGAGUAUCUCCAACCGUGCUCUGGUUUUGGCCGCUCUCGGUUCGGGCACUUGCCGUAUCAAGAACCUGCUGCACUCCGACGACACCGAGGUGAUGCUCAACGCUCUGGAGCGUCUGGGCGCUUGCACCUUCUCCUGGGAAGAGGAAGGCGAAGUGCUCGUCGUCAAUGGCAAGGGAGGCGACCUUCAGGCCACUUCCCACCCUCUGUACCUGGGAAAUGCCGGUACCGCUUCCAGAUUCCUCACCACUGUCGCUACCCUUGCCACUCCCACUGACGUGGAUUCGAACGUUCUUACUGGCAACAACCGCAUGAAGCAGAGACCGAUCGGCGACUUGGUCGACGCCCUGACCGCAAACGGUGCCUCGGUCGAGUACAUGGAGAGAAAGGGUAGCCUUCCCCUGAAGAUCGCUGCCUCCGGUGGAUUCGCGGGUGGUCAGAUUAACCUUGCCGCGAAGGUUUCAUCCCAGUAUGUCUCCUCGUUGCUGAUGUGCGCUCCGUACGCCAAGGAGCCGGUCACCUUGAAGCUGGUGGGUGGAAAGCCCAUCUCCCAGCCCUACAUCGACAUGACCACGGCCAUGAUGCGCUCUUUCGGUAUCGAUGUGAAGAAGUCUACCACUGAGGAGCACACCUACCACAUUCCUCAGGGCCGCUAUGUCAACCCUGCUGAGUACAUGGUGGAGAGCGAUGCCUCUUCGGCUACCUACCCUCUGGCCAUUGCGGCGAUCACCGGCACUACUUGCACUGUGCCCAACAUCGGUUCCAAGUCCCUCCAGGGUGAUGCUCGCUUCGCCGUCGAUGUUCUCCGUCCCAUGGGCUGCACUGUUGAGCAAACGGACAGCUCCACCACUGUUACUGGAGCGCCUGGUGGUGUCUUGCGGCCCCUGCCCAACGUCGACAUGGAACCUAUGACCGACGCUUUCCUCACGGCUUCCGUGCUCGCGGCUGUCGCGCGCGGUGAUGGCUCAAACCACACGACUCGCAUCUACGGAAUCGCCAACCAGCGUGUAAAGGAAUGCAACCGUAUCAAGGCCAUGAAGGAUGAGCUUGCCAAGUUCGGUGUCAUCUGUCGUGAACAUGACGACGGCAUUGAAAUCGAUGGCAUUGACCGCACCAGUCUGCGUCAGCCUGCCGGAGGCGUUUUCUGCUACGACGACCACCGUGUCGCGUUCAGCUUCAGUGUUCUUUCUCUCGUCACUCCUCAGUCGACACUGAUUUUGGAGAGAGAAUGUGUCGGCAAGACCUGGCCCGGCUGGUGGGACUCGCUGAAGCAGCUGUUCUCCGUGAAGCUGGAGGGUAAGGAGCUGAAGGAAGACGAAGCUGCGGCUCUCACGCAAGCUGAGAAGUCCAGUGCAUCCAUCUUCAUUAUCGGCAUGCGUGGCGCUGGAAAAACCACCAGCGGACAGUGGGUUGCUAAGACUCUUAACCGCCCGUUCCUUGACCUCGACACCGAGCUUGAAGCUACGGAGGGAAUGAGUAUCCCCGACAUCAUCAAGCAACGUGGAUGGCAGGGAUUCAGAGACGCUGAGCUCAGUCUUUUGCAACGCACGUUGAAGGAGCGCUCAACUGGCUAUGUCUUCGCUUGCGGUGGUGGUAUCGUCGAGAUCCCCGAGGCGAGAAAGUUGCUUAUCGAUUACCACAAGACCAAGGGUAACGUUCUGCUCAUUAUGCGGGAUAUCAAGCAGGUCAUGGACUUCCUCUCCAUUGACAAGACCCGCCCCGCUUAUGUUGAAGACAUGAUGGGAGUCUGGCUGCGCCGGAAGCCCUGGUUCCAGGAGUGCAGUAACAUUCAGUACUACAGCCAGACUGCUACCUCUGGCGGUCUCGCUCGUGCAUCUGAAGACUUCAAGCGCUUCCUCCGCACUGUUACCGGAGAGGUCGACAGUCUUAGCACCAUCAAGCGCAAGGAACACUCGUUCUUUGUUUCUCUGACCCUGCCCGACCUCCGUAAUGCUAGCGAUAUCCUGAAGAAGGUCUGCGUCGGCUCCGAUGCAGUGGAGCUCCGUGUCGAUCUUCUGGAAGAUCCGACGAUGGAUGGUGAUAUUCCUUCCGUCGACUACGUCGCCGAGCAGCUGUCUUUCCUGCGCAGCCACGUCACCCUACCUGUCAUCUACACUAUUCGCACCAAGAGUCAGGGCGGUCGCUUCCCUGACGACGCCCAUGCCGAGGCCUUGGAGCUCUACCGCCUUGCGUUCCGGUCUGGACUCGAGUUUGUGGAUUUGGAGAUCGCCUUCCCCGAUGAGAUGCUGCGCACCGUCACGGAGCAGAAGGGCUAUUCUCGCAUCAUUGCGUCGCACCACGACCCCAAGGGUGAGCUCUCCUGGAGUAACAUGUCGUGGACGAAGUACUACAACCGUGCGCUGGAGUACGGUGAUGUGAUCAAGCUGGUCGGAGUUGCCAAGAACCUGGACGACAACAACGCCUUGAGGAACUUCAAGAACUGGGCUGCCAGUGCUCAUGAUGUUCCCUUGAUCGCUAUCAACAUGGGCGACAACGGACAGCUCAGUCGGAUCCUGAACGGCUUCAUGACCCCUGUAUCCCACCCCAGCCUUCCGUUCAAGGCGGCACCCGGUCAGCUCUCCGCUGCUGAGAUCCGCCGGGGUUUGUCUCUGAUGGGAGAGAUCCAGCCCAAGAAGUUUGCCAUUUUUGGCACACCCAUCUCUCAGUCCCGUUCCCCUGCUCUCCACAACACCCUGUUCGCCCAGAGUGGUCUGCCUCACGAGUACAGCCGCUUGGAAACCGCCAAGGCUGAAGAUGUCAAGGACUUCAUCCGCUCCCCCAACUUUGGCGGCGCCUCGGUCACGAUCCCUCUGAAGCUGGACAUUAUGCCAUUGCUGGACGAGAUCGCACCCGACGCCGAGAUUAUCGGUGCGGUGAACACGAUUGUGCCUGUUUCUCAGGGUAAGGGCCAGCCGGCUCGCUUGGUUGGUUACAACACGGACUGGCAGGGCAUGACGCUGUCGCUGCGCAACGCCGGUGUGUACGGAUGCAACGGAGACGCCAGCGCCGUGGUGGUUGGUGGUGGUGGCACCGCUCGCGCCGCCAUCUAUUCUCUGCACAACAUGGGCUACUCCCCGAUCUACAUCAUUGGGCGAUCCCCCGCGAAGCUUGAGAGCAUGGUUCAGACUUUCCCCAGCAGCUACAACAUCCGCAUCGUCGACACGAUCGAUGCGCUGGAUACCAUCCCCAAGGUGGCCAUUGGCACGAUUCCGGCCGACAAGCCGAUCGAUUCGGGCAUGCGCGAGACGCUGUGCCACAUGUUCGCUCGGGCUCAGGAGAUUGAUGCUGAUAUGGUCAAGUCGGUGGAGAAGGUGCCUCGCGUGCUGGUGGAGAUGGCAUACAAGCCGUCGGUGACGACGCUGAUGCAGCUGGCCAACGACGCCGGAUGGCACACAGUUCCUGGUCUGGAGGUUUUGGUUGGCCAGGGAUGGUACCAGUACCAACGCUGGACCGGUAUUUCGCCUCUCUACGACGAUGCCAGGGAAGCCGUGAUCGGAUCCCCCGACCCUAACUCGGCAUGAGUUCUGCAAACUGAGUGAUUCACAUGAACGAU